CUUAUUGGUGAACAUUAAAUAUCUUAUAUCUUAUUAGUGAACAUAAUUUUAAAUAAAAUGAAAAGCAUUCUAAAAGAAAAGUUUAGUUUAUUCACGAGAUGGUGAUUCAAAAUACUGGUUACAGGAAUGGUUGAAAAAGAAAAACAACAAAACACAAAUCACAUCUUAUCGAGUUUUCCUCAGCACCAGUUUCUUAAUAUACUGCUUCCGUCUGAUCAAACCUCAAAACCGAAAAAAGGAGAAGUAUUCAAUAAAACAUCUUUAUUAACAUUUCAUCAGGCAGCACGUGAUGGAAAGUUAGACAUUGUUGAGAAGUAUUUGAAACUAUAUGGCAAAGAUAAAAAAAAAUUAAAUAAGAAAGAUGAAGAAAAUACGACUGCUCUUCAUUAUGCAGUGCGUUAUGGUCAUUUUCCAAUUGUCAAAAUUCUUGUUGAAAAUGGUGCCAAUGUAAACAUUCCAGGAGAAUAUGGUGCUACUCCAUUACAUUUUGCAGCUCGAUAUAUUGAAAAAAAUGAUUUUAAACAAAUAAAUAGUGAAAUUCAAGAACAUGCAUCAUCUGCACUGGCAGACAUAAAUGAUUUUACUCACAGUAAUGUAUCAGAUCAUAAAGUUAAAUCUCAUGAUCCCCAGAAACCAAACAGUUUCUUAUUUUCUAAAAAUCAGAAUCAUCUGGAUCGUAAGCUUCACCUAAUUAAAAAUGAAAGAAAACAAGCUGAUUGCAUCGAAAGUAAUUUAGCCAAAAAAUUUGCUUCUUCACCUUCGAUGACGCCUGUGUUAAUGUCACCUUCAAUGAAACAUUUAUUAAUGACUUCUUCGAUGACACCUUUAAUAACAACUUCUUCUAUGACACCUUCAAUAGUGACUCCUUCAAUGACACCCUCAAUAAUGACUCCUUCAAUGACACCUCCAUUGAAACGUGCAUCAACACCCUCAAAAAUAAACUGGAAAAGUUUAGAUCAUCUGGAUUUACCAAAUGCACAGUAUUUAAAUUCAUCAAAAGUCAGUGAAUUAAAUCAAAAUUACAGCGGAAACCCAGUUCGAACUUCUUCUGAUCUUUCUGAGUAUGUUAAAGAAAAGUUUGGUAAAAUCAAGACACCAUUUAAUAAAAGAAAAAGAAGGCAAGACACAAAAGAUAGUUCCAUAUUAAAGUAUCUAUUAGAACAGCAGGUAAAUGUUAAUGCUAAAGAUAUGAAUGGUUCUACCCCUCUUCAUUAUGCUGCUAUGAGAGGAAACGCAAUAGCUGCUGAGAUGCUUCUUUUGCAAAAAAACAUAAAUAUUGAGGCAAUUGACCAAUCAAAAAUGACACCACUGCAUUGCUCCUCAAGUGCUGGUUCUUAUAAUGUAUGUCAUCUGUUAUUAGAGUAUGGUGCAAAAAUAUUAUGUCAAGAUAAGGAGAACAUGACUCCUUUACAUUUUGCUGCUAUGGAAGGACAUUUAGAUAUUGCUAAGCUACUUUUUGAAUAUGCUGAAAUUCAAGGCGGUACAACACUGAGGACCAAGUUAAUUUUAUCAGUAGACCGUGAAGAACAAAGUGCUCUCCAUCUUGCAGUUGAAAACAAUCAUAUUGAUAUUGUCAAAUUUUGUAUUGAGAAAGGCUUAAAUGUGAAUUCAACAAAGUCAAACAUGAUCUCUCCACUUCAUUUAGCUUGCACUUCAGGGUUGUUAAAUAUUGCAAAGCUUCUUGUUGAUAAUGGUGCUGUUAUUGAUGCAAAGAACUCUUUACAAGAAACUCCAUUGCAUAGAGCAGCUUUAUUUAAUCGCACUGAAAUCAUUGAUUUCUUGAUGACCAAAGGAGUAUAUGUUGAUUGUUGUGAUAAAGACAAUGAAACACCAUUACUUAUGGCUGUACGUAAAAACAAUGUUGAAUCUGUUAAGUUGUUAUUGAAAUAUCAUGCAGACAUAAAUGUUAAAGAUGCAAAUGAUAAAACAUGCUUGUUUAUUGCAGCAGAGGAAAAUUCUAGAGAAGCUUUUGAGAUUUUAAGUAAGUAUGAUAUUUCUAAUCUGUUAGAAGAGUUUGAUAAACAUGAAAUGACGCCUCUCCAUAUUGCAGCUAAAAAAGGAAAUGAAAACAUUGUGCAAUCUCUAUUGAGCUUAGGUGCCCGCAUUGAUGCAAAAAGUCACGAAAAUCUCACUCCUCUUCAUCUUGCUGCAAGAUCUGGACACUCCAGAAUUGUACAAAUAUUAUUGUCAAACGUUUUGAGCAUCGUUAAUGAUCUUGAUGAUUUUUCCAACACACCCCUUCAUCUUGCUGCAAUUGAAGGACAUGUUAAAAUUGUUGAGAUGCUUAUCGAAGCUGGUUCUGCUAUUGAUACUAGGAAUGCUAAACUUAUGACACCGUUGGACUGUGCAGCCUAUCAUGGAUGGAGCCAAUGUACUCAGUGUUUAUUAGAUGCGGAUUCCUCAGUUAAUCCCUCUGAUGAAGUAAAGGUCACACCAUUGCAUCUGGCUUGUAAAGAAGGACAUGUUGAUAUUGUAAAUUUGUUACUAUCAAGAAAUGCUGAUGUCACUCGAAGAGAUAAUCUGGGAAAAAACUGUUUAGAUUAUGCUAUUGAAAAUAAUCAAAGAGAUGCUGCUAUUGCAAUCAUUCGUUGUAAUAACUGGAAACAUGCCAUGCGAAACUCUACCAUUGAAGGAAAUAAGCUAACAACUCCGAUGAGAAAGUUGAUUCAAAAGCUUCCAGAUGUUGCUGAAAUAGCACUUAACCAAUGCAUGCUGGACAAUGGCUUACCUCCGGAACAUCUAAAGUAUAAAGUUACAUGCUCAUAUGAGUUUCUUGAAGAUAUGUUUUCCCCAUGGUGCAGAAUUGAUUCAGAUGGUGGAGAACAACAUAAUCAUCACAAAUUGCUUGAUAUUCCACAUAGAACUUCCAUUUUCUCAAUAAUUUCUCAAAAAAGUAUGACAGUUUUGGAUGAAAAGACAAGAAGAAAAGAUUUUAUACAAAAUCACCCUUUAAAGUUCAUGGUAAAAUACAAGUGUACUAAACUACUAUCACAUCCUUUGGUUACAUAUUUCCUUAGACACAAGUGGAGCAACUGUGGUAGAUAUGUAUAUUAUUCAAGACUGUUUUUGUAUAUGAUUUUUCUUUUGUUUAUUACUGGCUAUGGGUUGUCUUUGAAAGCUAUUUUUUAUGAAACAAUUUCUAAUGAAACAGUUUAUAAUGAAAAAAUUUAUAACGAAAUAAAACAUUUUUGUGUACCUGAUUACAAGUCAAGCUCUGCUAUUAUGUUCUUUAUUGAUCCUGGAAGAUAUAUUGUUAUAAUAUUAAGCUGCAUUAGUUUAGGAAUAGAGCUUAUCAAGUUUCUUAAUCAUCCUUAUCAUUACCUUCACAUGCACAGAGUUUUAGAGCUGACAACAUAUGUUUGUUCAUUGAUUUAUGCUACAUUUUCUUUUAGUGACAAAAAUCAUUUGUGGUGUUCACGUGUAUAUUUUGAUCUUGGUGGAGCCACAUUAACACUGGCAUGGUUAGGCUUGGUACUUUUCUUAAGAAAAUUUCCAAAACUUGGAAUAUAUGUUGUUAUGUUUACACAUGUUUUAAAGACUUUUGCUCAAAUAUUUCCUGUUUUAUUUUUAUUUGUGAUUGCUUUUGGUCUUGGUAUGCACAUGGUCAUGUUCAAUGUG